AUGAAGAGCCUGAUCGCAUUCGCUGCUCUGUUCGUGUGCGUGGUCCUGGCCCUGCCCAACCAGAACGCCAAGGUGCUGCGGUACGAGAACGUGCAGGAUGGUGACAGUAGCUACAAGUUUGCCUUCGAAUCGGAUGAUGGUAUCUCGCGCCAGGAGCAGGGUGAGGUGAAGAGCGAGCAGGACGGUCUGAACGUGCAGGGUAACUUCAAGUUCAUCGCCGACGAUGGCCAGGAGUAUGUGGUGCAGUACGUCGCCGAUGCCCAGGGCUUCCAGCCGGAGGGUGCCCACAUCCCGAAGGAGUACGUCCAGACCCUGUCGAGUCUGUAA